AUGGGGCGAAAAGAGGCUGGUGAGAUAUCGGCGCCAAUUGGUCCACAAAUGGACACUUUGGCCACUAAUUUCGCGAUGGCUUUGACGGCCAAAGACAACAUCAUUGAAGAGAAGCUGAAGGAAAUCGAAGAACUGAAGCAAAUGGUGGAAACACUGAAGAGGGAGAAGGAGGACGAGAGUCGAGACAAGACUCAACUCCAGACCCGAUUGGAUUCGCUCAACACUUCGGCCGACGACCACCACUUCGACCACACAUUCACGUACGCCGAGGACAACACCGACUUCGACGAGUUCACCACAAUCAGGAGAUCCAGACGCAAGAGACGGCCCAAAAAGCUAAUGGACGUGUCGUCAGCGCCGAGUCGUGUGCCGUCGGCCCCAACGGGUGACCCGACAAACAACGGGCACCGGAAGAGAGGCCGACCCAGAGUUAUAAAGACCGAAGCGAUUGUCGCCGACGGCGGCGAACAAGAGUUGAUUGACGGCGUGUUGGCCGCAGCGGACGGCACGACGAUAGAGACUGACGCUGGCGGACAGUCGGCGCCGCAAAAGCGUAAAUUCCCGCACCACUGCGAUUGGCCCGGAUGUGAGCGCUCUUUCCGCCGGCCGGCGUUUCUUCGCAAACACAAACGCGUCCACACGGGAGAGAAGCCAUUCAAGUGCCAAUGGGAGGGCUGCGCGUUCGCCAGCGCCGACAUCUUCUGUCUUCGCACUCAUCAGAUGAGACACACGGGAGAGAAACCCUACAAAUGCAAAGUUAGCGGUUGUGGAUGGAGUGGUCGCCAACAGACCAGUUAUGAUAGACACCGGCGAGUGAUUCACGGCCAGCAGCGCAUCUUCCAGUGUGAUUGGCCGGGAUGUGACCGCAGAUAUCGUGACAAACAUUCGCUCAAUUAUCACCGCAAGUCACACACCGGCGAAAAGGAGUUCAUGUGUUCGUUCCCCGAAUGCGGCAAACGCUUCAUCGGUCGCAGCGAUAUGAAGAAACACGAGAGCACUCACAACGCCAUCAAGCCGUACAAGUGCUCGUGGCCCGGCUGUGGCCGCUCUUUCGUCCAGAAACGCUACCUUUCCCUUCACAACCUCAAGCACACAGGCGAGCGUCCGUUUCCCUGCGAUUGGCCGGGAUGUGAGUGGCGCUCAUUCACGCCUCACGAACAGGCGAAGCACAAGAAAACACAUACCGGAGAGCGACCCUAUCCUUGCGAACGCUGCGAUCGCCGCUUCGCCGACGAAUCCAACCUAAAGGCACACCUGCGGACAGUACACGAGGGCCAGAAGAACCAUCAGUGCGCUUAUCCCGGGUGUGGCAAGAAAUACACAGUCAGACGGACACUACUCAUACAUCAGAUGAAAGCGCACCCGAAUAUGGGUGUCAUCACUGGUCACUCAUUAUCAUCGGCAGCGACCGUCUCUUUGCUCGAAGUCGACGAUUCGUCUCCCAUUCAGACAAUUAUUGUCACAACAGAUGAAUGAAUCGAGUUUUAAGACAUUUAUAGUUAUUAUAAUAUAAUUAUAUUAUAAUUUGUGUAAAAAGACAAAGAAUUUCAAAUUUUCC